CGGUCCCGCAGCCGGCUGGAGAAGGGCGGAAGGGGAAACAGGUCCAGCAACAUGUUUGAGGUGCCAUUGCCUCUGGAUCGAGAUGGGAUCCUCUUCCGGCUCCGCUUUACCACCCUGGCUGUUGGGACUGUGUGUUGCCCGCUGUUUGGAUUCCUUUUCUGCGUGAUCUGGUCUCUGCUGUUCCACUUCCAGGAAACGACAGCUACUCACUGCGGUGUCCCCAAUUACCUCCCCUCCAUCAGCGCCGCGAUUGGCGGCGAGACCCCUCAGCGCUACGUGUGGCGUCUCUGCAUUGGCCUCCACUCCGCGCCCCGCUUCCUGGUGGCCAUCGCGUACUGGAACCAUUACCACAGCUGUCACUGCACGCACCCUCGCUACCCACGGCUCUGCCGCAUCAACUUCACCCUCAAUGUGCUCGAAAACGUCGCCCUCCUUUUGCUGACGUACGUGUCUUCCUCGGAAAACUAUGCAAUCCACGAAAAUUCCUUCAUCCUCUUUAUCACCUCGGCCCUGGGUCACAUGCUCCUGACUUGCAUUCUGUGGCGGAUGACUAAGAAGCACACAGUAAGUCCCGAGGAGCGCAAGUCCUACAAGUGGAAGCUGCUGCUCUUCCUCUUUAACCUCGUCACGUUCUCCUUGGCCGUGUGCGUCUACUUCCACCACAACUGGUACUGCGAGGCCGGAGCCUAUACCAUCUUCGCUUUCCUGGAGUACCUGGUCGUCCUUUCCAACAUGGCUUUCCACAUGACCGCCUGGUGGGACUUUGGCAACAAAGAGCUGGUGGUCAGCUCCCAGCCAGAAGACAAACGUUUCUAGGGCGGCCUCGUUGCCCGUGCUGCCGACG